GUGUUCUUGGUUGGUUGUUGGCUGAAUGAAAACACAAACAGAUAUUACAAGGAAUUCCACACGACGGAGAGAAACUGGACACUCGAGAAAUGAUUUACAGUGAUGCUGACGUGCAUAUGUGUUGGGAAUUGGAAAACCGCUUUGAUUGGUCACUUUUACCCCGGAAAAUAUGUGAGAGCUGUGAAGUGUUAGGACGCCUGCACAGUGCACCCCCUAUCGCAAUCCUGGAAUGUGCACUGGCUAUUCUGUCUUACUGCAUGCAGCCUACUGAUGUACAUAUUCCAAAUUCUUAUUGGACGGAGCCUGUUGUAAUAUGGAGCUUCUUAGGAAUGCCUACUGGAAGCAGUAAGUCAUCGAUAUACAAGUAUCUGUUGAAAUUGACAGCAGCUAUUCAAAAGGAGUUGGAUGUACGUUCUCCAUAUGCGUCAUCAUGGACUUUAAAUGAAGCAGCUUUAGAGAAAAUGAGAGCUGUUUUGUUGUUGGAUCACCAAAAAGCGACAGUGUCUAGCGAGGUUUCUCAAAGUCAAACUCUGAACCAGCCUGGCCCAUACAGUGGUGCGCAAGUGUCCAGCUUUGAUCUUGAGAUGAUAUGCUUACCUCUGGUGGGUUUCAGUGAGCCACUCACAAAUAAGGCAUUGAUAAAAGACGUGAGAAGUCACACCUUAUAUCUGGCUCCAGUAUACGGUGACUAUGAUAGCUUGAAAAUACAGCCAGGUGAAGAUUUGAUAUCAGACUUCAUGCUCAAAACGUUAGCAAUAGUUGGUGCUAAUUUGUGGAUAGAACGACAGAACGAUGAUGAUGAAGCUCUGAGUCAAUCAAAUGCUGUGAGGGAUAAGUUACUGAAAGGGGAUGAUAGCUAUCUGUUAUUUGAAACAGAAACUGCAAACAAAUCACAAAGCAAUAAAAGAAGGAGCAUACCCAUAGAAUAUACCAUUGAUGAAGAAAGUGGAAUGUUCAAAAACAUAUUCAACUACUUCCAACAUGAGUUGAAGUAUUUUUCACACAGGGAUAGUCUUCUUUCUUCUCUACUCACAAAAGCCAAAGGUCAAGUUUUACGAUUGGCUGCACCAAUUCAUAUUCUAGUCGAUGCGGCAUCAUCUGUUGUUAAUGAAGAUUACAUACCAACAAAUGUCAUAUCUGAAAGAUCCAUUGCUGUGGCCCAUGCUCUGGUGAAAUUAAGCAUUGCCCAGACUGCCUUCCUCAGUGGUAGGAAAAUAAACUGUGACUCCUUAGAGCUCAUUAAGGAUACUAUUGAGCUUGAGGAGAGUGUUACCAUAGAGACACCAAAAAGUACAACCAAAAAUCCAUUUAAAAGCGAGAUUGUGAUUCUAACAUCACCAGGCAGAAUCGUCAGUGGCAGUCAGUUACUUGAGAAGAAAAGAUUUGUUGGUAGAGAUGGACUCAAACCGAAGGAGAUUUUGACAGCAUGUGUUUACUCACUGGAGGAUGAUGGUCUAGGCACUGUGGAGAAUAUUCGCAGCGGCAAUGGGAAAACGGCAAGUUUGUUUGGUUAUUAA